ACGUGUCUAGGGUUAGUUUUAGCGAUUGAGUCUUCAGCCAACAUGGCGAGCGCGGGGGGAGAGGCAGGCUCUGCGGGAGUUGGUGGCGAGGAAGCUUUUCAGAUUUUUUACACUGAGGUAAAACAAAUUGAGAAGCGAGAUUCAGUUUUAACACCAAAGCAACAAAUUGAAAGACUAACCCGGCCUGGUUCAUCUUAUUUUAAUCUUAAUCCUUAUGAGGUGUUACAGCUUGAUCCAGAAGCAACAGAUGAAGAAAUUAAGAAAAGAUUUAGACAGCUAUCCAUUUUGGUUCACCCGGACAAAAAUCAAGAUGAUGUAGAGCGGGCUCAAAAAGCGUUUGAAGCUGUUGAUAAAGCCUAUAAGAUGCUUCAGGACAGUGACCAGAAGAAGCGUGCUAUUGAUGUGAUCCAUGCAGGAAAAGAGUAUGUGGAACAUAUGAUGAAGGAAAAGAAGAAGCAACUAAAGAAAGAAGGAAAGCCUUUGAUGGUUGAAGAAGAUGACCCUGAAAUGUUCAGACAAGCUGUGUAUAAGCAGACUAUGAAACUAUUUGCUGAGCUGGAAAUAAAGAGAAAAGAGAGAGAGGCCAAGGAAAUGCAUGAAAGAAAAAGACAACGAGAAGAAGAAAUUGAAGCACAAGAAAAAGCCAAGCGUGAGAGAGAGUGGCAGAAAAAUUUCGAGGAAACACGAGAUGGACGUGUAGAUAGUUGGCGAACAUUUCAAGCAAAAGGAAAAAGCAGCAAAGAGAAGAAAAAUCGUUCAUUUCUGAAGCCACCAAAAGUAAAAAUGGAGCAGCGAUAAGUAACAUAUUGGACAUGAUGGGAUGAGGGAAAAACGGCUCUAGUGCUUUUGCAAAAGACAAACUGUAUAGAAUAGAAUGCACUAUUCCCGUAUAAAAUGAUACAACUUUGUACAAGAAACAAUUGUACUAUUAAAACAUUGCUCAUUUUUGAUGUGCUCAACGGAUUGAAUUUUCGGGAGAUUUUUUUUUUUUUGUUUGUUUUGUUUACUAUUUAACUCCAUAAGUUGGUUUGAACUAAAUUGUUACUUUUUAUCCUGUAUUUCUUUUACAUGAACAAACUGUAUAUAGAUAAAACUUAUAAAUUGUAACAAAUCAUUCGUAUAGUCCAGUUUCUUCAAAAAGUCACUUGAUAUUAAACAAUGAUUUUAAAAGAGUUUUGACUUGGCAUUUUAAUAUCUUAUCCCUAAUUACUGUAAAACAUUGAAAGGAAAUCGGCAUACAGUACAGGAUUCUAUUGGCUCAGGAUAUUUAAAGAGUUUGUCAGUUGUACAGGCUCAGUCUAGAGGAUUGUGCAUGUUCACUCCUGUGUUGCUUUAUCAGGCAUGAAAACAUUUGUGAAAAGCAAGUGAGAAAUGAUGAGAAAUUUUGGAUGUUUUUCAAUAUUCAUAUAGAACGUAUUCUCAAGUGGUGCUUAGUUAAGUACAAACUUAUAAUCUUACAAUGUUUGUUUUUAUCUUUGACACACUUUUUUUUUUUUUUUUACACUAAAGGUAUGUUAGUUUCAUUCAAUUACUUUAAAUUCUAUUGCAUAAUAACAGUUUUUUGCUUCCCCGCUCACCGAUGGAGUAAAAUAAUAUUUAAUAGAACUAAUCGGGAUAUACCAAAUAUAAGAAAUACUGCGAUGAACAGAAACAAAAUAGUUUCUUCUUUUAAGAUAGCUAUUAAGUAGAACUUGCAUUCCACAGUGCAUGCUGAACCUAGACCUGCAGUACUACUACUGUAUUUAAAAUGUUAUCUGUCAGGGUAUGCCCGCCAGACUACCCCCCCCACUCUCCUCUCCCUUUUGUGAAGUCUGUGAAAAUAAUUUAAUAGAUCGUUUUUGAAAUCCCCAGUAAUUAGUUUAAACACACUUUGUUGUGGACAGGAGUAUUCUAAAGAAAUGAUGUGUUCAUUUUUGAUUUUUAUUUUUAGGAUUCUAAACUGUGUUUAAAGCUUUAGACUAGCAAUAAAUAAAUGAAUGAAUUAAGACCUUAA